ACUUCCUUUUGGGUGUUGUUAAUUAUUAUUAUAAUAUUCGGUUAAACCCGUUGGGCCUGUUUCCAUGGAAGCUCAUCGCCAUCUCCGUCUUUCUGGUCGAUUCUUGUAACCGAGAGAGAGAGAGAGAGAUGAUUCUUCUUCUAUGUAUCCUUUUUGAUAAUUGAAUGAACAUACCAUGAUUUCUCGCUAUGCGUUGGCUUCCCCAACUCUCCUUCUCCUCUUCUUCUUCUUCUUCUUCUCUCAAACCCAUGGCUUCUUCUCCCGAUCGAAACCUGGAUCGUGAUCGUUUCCACCGCCGCUUCUUUCGUUUUAACCGCGGGAGGGGGCUCACGCGCCAGAGGAAGCUCCGUCACUUGACGGACGACGACGUCGCCUCAACCUCCGGGUUAAACCGGUCUCCGAGCGCGUACACUCGCUCUCCUUCCGCCGUGCCGUUACCGUUGCCUCUGCCGUCACCAGAGGUCCCCGGAGAUCCUCCGAGGAAUCGGAAUGCGGUGAACAACGGUGCUAAAGGAUCGGAGGAGGAUAGGGCUGUUCCUGACCGCACCACCUCUGCUCCUCCUCUCACCUGCGUCAAUGGCGUUGCUGCACGUGCCACGGAGAAUUCUCCAUAUCAAGACUUUAAUAAUAGUCCUAGCCCGGGCGCGGGCGCGGGAACCAGGAACGGUUAUUGGGUGAACAUUCCAAUUCCAACCAUGAGCGCUCCCGCCACUCCCUACAUGAGUCCUCCAAGGGAUUUACCUUUUUUCUAUUUGCCUCCUAAGACCAAUCAAGUCUGGUCUGCACCUGACAUGCCCUUUGAUAUCUCUGGUGUCCCUCCUGCUUAUUACGAUCUCACUGCUUUUAGUACUGACAACUCCCCCAUCCAUAGCCCGCAGCCUCCAAGUCCCCGCAGGCAUCCCACUGAUGGCAUUUCCUCCCCCUUGCCUCAUCCGAGGCUGUCCGCUGAUGUACGCCGUGAUAACUCCAAUGUUCAUCCUCUGCCUCUCCCUCCUGGAGCUGCUGCUGCUGCUGCUGCUGCUGCUGCUGCUCCCUCCUCCUCUUCAUCAGCUGUUCCGUGCCAGCAGCCUCCUCUCAAACAGGAUUCGUUCCCCAUUAAUUCUCAGUGGAAGAAAGGAAAGCUUAUAGGUCGUGGUACUUUUGGAAGUGUUUACGUCGCCAGUAACAGUAAACCCCAUAUAACACUGUAG